AUGAACCAAGAUUUGUUUUCAAACCCAUUUGGAAUUGCUCCACCGUCUAACGAUUCUUUUGCAGCGCUCUCAAAGUUUACAUAUGAAUUCGCAGAGGCGAUUCCCCAAGAUAGAUUUGAUUCAUUCAAAAGUAAACUGGCGAGCCUUCACAAAGCAGUUACUUCUAAACUAGAAGGAGGAGAGACUCGUCCACGAGAUGACAUGUCUGAAGUUCGACGGAUACUUCAGGAGCUUAGGGAAGGGCAAUCCGAGCUUAGGGAAGGGCAAUCCGAGCUUAGGGAAGGACAAACCAAUCUCAGAGAAGAGAUGAUCCAAGGAAUAUCGAGGUUGGAAGGACGAGUUGACUCUUUUGCUAACGAUUUCCGGUCAAACAACGCUGAAACUUUUUCACGCAUGAAUCGAAAUGAAAACAGAAUUAACAUGACAAGAUCUUCAUCGCAGAGAUCUGAAAACAUUAUUAACAGAGUUGCGGCCAAGAACACAAAACCAAUUCCGUUUGUUAAUGGACAAGAACCUCCAAAUGACUUGCCUGAGUUACUAAAUAUCUCCGACGUUGACAGUUUGAAUUUAAACCAAUUGAAAACGUACGUGAAGGGUUAUGACCAGAGCUUUGAUGAGAAUGAGCCUCAAGCAUCUCUUAAAAGAAAGCUUGCUGAUUAUUCUGGAUUUAUCACACCACAAGAAAGUUUGUAUGAGUUUUCUGAAGGCAAUGAAACCCUUCGAGAUGUAGGGAAUAUAAAUAGUACACCAAGCCUAAGGCGGACGUCUCGUCGUCAUUGA